UGUCACAAUGUGGGCAAAAAGAUUUCAAAAUCAAACCAAAACAUGUAGAAAAGGGCAAAGGCUUUGAAAAUUUGCAGCUUUAUUCAAACUAAAUAGUGCACAGCACGAUUUGAAGGUUAUUGCAGUUGAGACCAUUACCAGUUGCACUGGGAUGAUUGAACAGUUUACACAAUCCAAAAGUGACUACCAAGAAACAUUUACAAAAGAUGUGCUUGAUAAAAUUGAUGAACACCUCAAAAAAGCAGGUUCCAAAUACAAUACCAAGUUUGAAUUUGACCUGAAAGUACACAUUUGUGGCAUUGCCUCUCGGAAAUUCACAGAUAUGCACAGGAAGUAUCUUGCUGAUCAAGAUCCAGCAAAACAUUUAGAGAAAUUUAAGAGUCAGUACUCUGAUUUCAUUGAUUUGUACAGAGAGAAGGACCAAUGCCAAAGAAAAGCACAAGACUUCACUCAGCUCUGUCUUAAACCAGCUGUGACAGAGUACCUUGACCAGUCCCUCGGAUCUGACAUUGUUGAUGCAGUUUUGGAGAAUAAAACUACUGAGUAUAGUUCACGAGCACUGUUUCAGUACACUGUCCUGAAUGAGCUACUGGAAGAGUCAAACUUUAAUGACUAUCUAGAAUACAUUUUGCUUUAUGAGAAUUAUGUCAAACGCUGGAUAUACAAACACAUCAUUAAAUGCUUUUCUAAAGACAUAUCUCUGCAAAAGCUAAAAGAGAAGAAGCUGAGCAUAAUAAUUUCAAAGCUCACUAAAGCAGUGGAAACAUCUAAGCUUAAAGCCAAUGGCUGUCCUUUGCCCAAUAAUGCAGAAGGUACAACAAGUUUGAUCCAAAAUCUUUGCAAAGCUAUGAAUGAUGUCCUCUCAAUAUCCAUGAACACUGUGGAAAGGGUCUUGUUUCAGAACACAAGCUGUUGUGAUUCAUUUACCAAAAGUCUCUAUGAAUGUGUUGAUAACAUGAAACAGCAAAUAGCAAAGGAGAUCUCAGAAUCAACUGAUAUCACUGAGACUCUGAAUAAUGUGUCAGUAAAACCCCAAGAUGAGCUGUUUAAAAGGGUGUUUGGGUGUGGAGCACAGUGUCCGUUUUGCAAAACACCAUGUGAGGCAGGAGGAAAAGAACAUCAGUUACACCAUGCAGCUGUGCAUAGACCACAAGGACUUGGAGUCUAUAGAUAUGAUGAGAGUAAUAAACUUUGUGAAGAAAUUUGUACAUCUAGUGUACAUGGCAAUGGAACAUUUGCAUGUCAUGAAACAAAUUUCCAAUUUCAUCCCUAUAAAGACUACCAGAAAUACUACCCUGACUGGCAUAUUGCACCUGACAUGUCUAUAGAAGCCUCAGAUUACUGGAAGUAUGUGCUGGUGACAUUCAAUAAGCAAUUUGCUGAGACAUAUGAAGCAGAGCCAGCUGUGUAUCCAGAUGCAUGGAAUAAAAUCAGUAAAGAGCAGGCUUUUAUUAGUCUAAAGUGCAUGUUUAAUAUUAAAUAAUGUAUAAAAACAUAGAGGAAAAAUACCAAGCCUUAAUAUUGCUAUUUGUGAAAACGACUCACAGUCCUCGCAAUUUUAUCACCAAUGUAACUGCUCCGGGGGCAUCAUAAACCGAAGUGCUAAUUAUAGCUGAAAUUUGAGAAAUGUUUUAACUUAUAAUCAAGUGAUUUUUUUUAAUAAACAUUAUAUCUCUAUGUUUGCAAUGAUUAAAAAUAGGGUUUAGGGUUUUUUGGCAAGGAUGUUAUCAUAUUUAGAUGAUUGGACUCUAUUUGUAAAUGUGAUGUUAAAUCAAAUGUAUUAAUUUAGUCUCAUGUUAUUUUAUUUACAUCUUGUUACAGUUGUUGUUACAAUUAUGUACAGUAACUACUUUAAAUAAAUGCAUUUUCAAAAAAAUUAUAUGAAUUUAAUAAUAUUAUAAUGAACUGUUUAAAUGACAUACUAUAGCUAUACCAAUCUGUCAAUCAAUCAAAUUAGGUUACUGUGUUACUGUGUGACUGCAAUGUGACUAAACAAAUA